AAACUCGUAUCAGUGAAAACAGUUUGAAUUUACUGAUAGCUGAGUAUUGUUUUUUUUUAAACUGGGCGAUAAUCACCUUGAAGUGAAAUGAGUGCAUUCAGUUUGCCGUCAGAACGCCGAUAGGAAUAGUCCCAGGUGUGUUGCUUGAAACGCAAUUGAAUAAAAAUGGUUAAGUUGAAAAAUCCUUUAUUGGAAGGAGUUCGGUGGUCCGAAAGACACUCUCAGUUAUUCAAAACAGUGUGGAGAUUACUUCCAAAAUAUUUGAAAAAUGUUAUUUUGACAACAGCAGUUGUUUUGCUUGCGUUAGCAAUCAAAGGUGAUUGGAUCCUGAUCAUUGUCCAUGCAUGGAAGCAUUUAAAUCUAUCUGAAAAUGCGGGAACAGAUGAACAGUUGUUGAAAAACACACCAUUGAUUCAUCGGUUUGAUGGAUUAACGUUUUAUUUGACAGCUGCUAUUCUAGGAUCCUAUUUCAUAUACUUCGCGAUUGGCGGUUUCAUUCACUGGUAUUUUUACGUCAACCGUCGGGAUAAAGCUCACGAGUGGAAAUGUCAGCCGGAAAAAUUCUUAUCCCCAGAGCUGGAACUGCACGAAAUUGUUGUCGGGUCUUCGUCCUUGCUAAUGGUUAGCAUCCUGACUGGACUGAUAUCGUGUUACGCUAUGAAUGAUGGAAGGGGCCUCACAAUCUACUACCGUUUCGACGAGUUUGGCUGGGCAUGGUUUUUCGCGCAAUUCUUCGUGGUGUUUGUGUAUCAGGACUACACAACGUAUUGGAUCCAUCGAAUAUUCCACUGGCCCUGGUUGUACCGAAAUUUUCACAAACUGCACCACACCUACAAGCAGCCGACAGCGUUCUCGGUCACAGCCAGUCAUCCGGUGGAGAUUAUUUCUACUCAGCUGGUGAUGCUGGUUCCAAUUGUAACCUUCCCUGUCCACUGGGUCCCAUUCUACGUCGUUGCGGUUUACGCCUAUUGCCAUGGGAUUUUGAGUCACUCUGGUGUAAAUUUCAAAUCCUUCUGGUGGCAACCAUGGCAGCCGGAUACCAUCUUCCAUGAUAACCAUCAUCAGUACUUCCACGUGAACUUUGCCUUCAACAUAUACUACUGGGACGUCCUGCAUGGCACAUACCGCCAGAAGAAUCGAGUCUAUACGGAGGACAUUUUUUAUGGAAGAGGCAAAAAGAUUGACGAAGUGUCGGCUGAGGUUUUGGAGUCUGACAUUGUCCAACGAAAUCUGGAAAAUCCACAUGCCUACAAGAACAGUGUCCACCGAUACAAACUAAACCAUGAGGAUUUGUCGAGAUUAAAACACUAAGAGCACUGGUAAUUCUCGAAUCAAUUUCGUGCAUGAUUAAUUUAGCAACAAAGUGUUAGCAGAACAGAAAAGAAGAGUAAUAAAAGUAAGACUGUAUCAAACUGAAAAUUUUGAAAAUUUUGAUUGUGAUGAGGAUUUUUUACGGUCUUGGGCACAUUUUGGGGGAUAGUAAGAUUGC